AUGAGACAGGCGGGACUAAAUGAGAAGAUGCCAAGCAGCGCCCAAGCUGCCAAUGAUGGGCUUAGUUUGAUUCUGGACUAUCUCCGUAAGAGACUUCGUCCCUAUUCGGCCACAGAUGUUUCAGCAAAUUUGCACAAUAAAGUCACCAAGUCACAUGCGGUAAAGGCGUUGCGAGAGCUACAUCAAAAUAAAGAAAUUGAAGGAAGGAUAUCCGGAAAACAAGUGGUUUACCAUGCCCUACAGAAAGUGUCCAAUGAAGCCACGUUGGAAACGGUCAUACUCCUGGAAGAUAAGACUCAACAGCUGCAGGAGCAACUUACUGGCCUCAAAGCUUAUGCAAAAGCAACACGAGCAGAGUUAACGACACUUUGUACAACACCAUUAACCUCUGACAUCCGGCAGAAUAUCAACCAUCUUAAGCAGGAAAAGGAGACUGCCAUUGCAAAUUUGGCUCAAACCCGGAGGACUAACGCGGUGCAUGUGGAAAAGGAAGACCAAACUGAGACCGAGAGAGAAUGGAAACAUUGGCAGAAACGGGUCAAUGUUCGGAGGCGUAUCUGUCACGAUUUAUGGAGAAGAUGCUUGAGUGUGGUGGCAGAAGGAAUGAGCCAAGAGGAGUUUUGGGGUAACUGCAAGUUCGGAGCCAAAUGUGCGCUGGCGCAUAUUCUUCCCGAUGGACGACGGGUUAAUCGGCCCAACCCAGGAAUGGGCAUGGGUGGCAGCCAUCUCAACCUGGGUGGCCGCGUCAAUCCGCAAGCGUACGUAAAUCAGGAUUCAGCUUUGACGAAUUCCGUCCUCUCGCAACAGCGGAUGAACGGACACGAGACCCGAUAUGGGCCUCAAGUUCAAUCUCAAGAGGAUUACGCUACUUUACAUUCUCCACAACAACCGUACGAUGUUAUUCCCACAAUUGACGCAGGCCUGGCUUCAGACGCCGGUUCUAAGUAUGGAUCCCCGGUUGAUGAUAUACGAUUUCCGAUGUCUCCGAAUCACCGCCAUUUAACUGCACUUGAUGCACCUCUUCCUGCCUCCUUUGAUAGCCAAGGAAUUUCGCACGCCGCCCGUUAUGGACCGGUAGCCGCUUCCAUGCCGUCGAAGUUCGGGCUGGAACUAUCUCCGCCGGCACAAAGAACCGGCGCCCCCCCUGAUGCUCUCCGGAGUCUCCGCGAUACCGCGUAUGGAUCAGAUCUAAGGAAGCCUUCUUCGUUCAUGGGGUCUUCCCCACCUGCGAUACCUGAGGAUGGCCCCGGACCUCGAUUUUUACACUCUCAGCGGUCGGUGAAACCACGCAUGCUCUCCGCGAGUGUACCGCGGCUUACCGCCUUGGAUGACUGGGAUGACAGCAAUUUUCCGAUGGAGGAGGACUACCUGCCGAUUAACUUGCAUGACGAUGUGCUCACGCCGCAGGAGAGGCUACGACGUCUUUCGCGUACAGACUAUGAACUCAGUUCAAGCCAUCGUGAUCUCAGUGGACUUGGUAUGACCGGCACUAGUCUAUCGAAAGUCGGUUCCCCUCUAGCAUCCAGUCCGUCCAGGUUUGGUGCUUUGUUUGCCAAGCAACGACAGAAGAAGGAGGAAGAUGCGCAUGGUACCUCGCUCCCACAAGUCGGAUCUCCCCUCCGUGAGUCUUCAUUAAACUUCGGUACGAGUCCCAGCCUUGGCCCCAUCGGAAGCCGACAAACUUCUGGUGACGUCUCACCCUUUGUCUCCACCCCCUCCCGGCAACAGCCAACAUCUAUGAUCUCUCAACAACUUAGCGGUAUGUCUCUUCACCCUGGCGCUGCCCGUCAUUCGUCAGUCGGGGCAAGUAGCCGUCUAGACCGCAGUGUCUCGUCACCUGUUAGUACCAGCAGAAUCGAUGAGGAGCAAGGGGACUUGGUUUUCUCCAUGGAAGAAGAAGAGAACAACAAGCGGAAUAGCGCCUCCUGGAGCACCAGCAAGGCCGAUUCCCAUGACGACGACACUACUCCAACGAGUAACCCAGAGUUUCAGCCCUGA